AUGAAUACCCUAGUACGCAUUGGUAUAGGAUUGGGUAAAGGUGCUUGCUGGUAUACAAGGCCAUUUGUUGGUCAUGUCAGGUAUAAGAGCUCUAAGGCCGGUGGCAUGAAGAGUCGGAGAAGAACGGAUGCCAAAGAACGAGAAUCAAAGACGUUUGGGUUGGGGGCUUUUUCCAAUUUGAAAAAGCCAUCUGAAGAAAUGGUCAAUAGUUCGAAAGAGCAAAUCAAGAGUGUUGAGUCCUUUGAUGAGCUUAAGAUUUUCCCAACUGUUCGGGUAUCGAUGAUCAAGGAGAUCAAGAAAUCUUACAAUUUCAAGAAUACUUAUAUUAAGAAUAAGGACGAGCUUGAGAUUAAACCAUCUCCCGUGCAAAUUGCUAGUAUUAAAAAAAUCAGUAGGCCAAGGGAUCAAGUACCCAUGAAGCAUAACAAGCCUAAGCCUAGCACUAGUGGAGGUGAUAUUUUUAGUGAGUUAAUGAAGGAGAAUAAUAAUAAAAAAUUAAAAAUUUUCACCAUUGCUGCUGAAACUGGUUCCGGUAAAACAUGGGCUUAUUUAGCUAGUGUGUUGAGUAAGUUAAAGGAGGACGAUUUGAGUUUGUUCAACGAGUCACCUCGAGUUUACUCCAAGACGAAGAAUAGUCCAAUAAUUAGAUCGGUUAUAUUACUACCAACUCAUGAAUUAGUGGAACAAGUUUAUGAAACUCUCGACAGUGCUAAUAAAAUGAAGUAUGAUGUGUCGAGUGAAAUCUCAGCAACGUUUACCCGAAACAAUUCAGAAUUUUUUGAAUUACAUGAAAAUAAAGAUCAUUUAAAUCUUAAUAUAUUUAAAUGGGGUUCUGGUGAUCCUCAAAACAAAUUAAAAUCUCGUUUAGAUAAACGAGGUCGUAUUGAUGUAUUGGUUACAACUCCUGCCAAGAUCAAUACCUUAAAGAAUCCAAAUGCUGAUGUAUCCUUAAGUCGAGCAUUUAAGCUGGUCAAUUACUGUGUUGUUGAUGAAGCAGAUACUUUAAUGGAUCAAUCUUGGAGUCAAGAUACCCUUGAUGUAUUGGGUAGAUUCAAAGUUUGUCGUGAUUUAAUUUUUUGCUCAGCAACUAUACCGCAAGAUUUUGAUAAGACCAUUAAAGGCUUAUUUGGUCAAUUAGCAUUUUUUGUACCAAUUAUUACUCCAAGUUUACAUAAGAUCCCUAAACAAAUUGUUGUUAAAGUAUUGGAUUCUAACUUAGCUCCAUUUAAUGGAUCCAAAACCAGGUGUCUUGCCCAGGCGUUAUAUGCCAUUCAUAAUGAUGGAUCAGAAGCGGGAUACGUUAAACGUAUAGUGAUCUUUGUUAAUCAAAAGAAAAGUGUUCAUGCGUUAGUUGAAACACUUACUGAUAAAUAUGGUCAUAGACCCGAAGAUAUUAUUGGAGUCACUGGAGAAAAUUCACCAGAAGAUAGAUUAGCGCAGAUCAAACCAUUUAUUGAGCCGGCUCAAUUAAUUGAAGAAGAUCUUGACGGGAGUAAAAUCAAAGUCUUGGUAACUACUGAUUUAAUGGCUAGAGGAAUCAAUUUCAAUGGAGUCAAGAAUAUUAUUUUAAUGGAGAUUCCAAACAGUUCAUUAGAUUUGGUUCAUAGAAUUGGAAGAACAGGUAGAAUGAGACAAAGUGGGAGAGUUUUCAUUAUAAUCGAUGGUAAGAAAACAUGGAUCAAGGGAUUACCAAGAGCCAUUAAGAAUAAUAUGGUUAUUGCAUAA